UGCCUCCUAAUCCGGCGCACACAUGUUAUAUAAAAUCUCCAUCCAAUCCCACGUCACCCAGAGGAACAACUACUCCAAAGCCCGUCGGUCUGCAGGGCGCAGAGGAGCAGGAGGCAUCAUGAUCGUUCUCGUGGACCUGCUGCUGAUGCUCAUCGACCUGACCUACUCCAUCCUGGCUGCGGUCGUCCAGACGUUCGUCCGGCCGAGGCUCAAGUGCAUCGACGGGGAGCUCUGUCUGAUCACGGGGGCCGGGGGCGCGCUGGGUCGGCUGUUCGCCCUGGAGUUCGCCAAGGAGGGCGCGCACCUGGUGCUGUGGGACUGCAACACGGCCGCCAACGAGCGGACCGCCGAGCUGGCGCGGGAGCUGGGGGUCCGCGUGCACGCGUACACGGUGGACCUGUCGCGGCGCGCGAGCAUCUACGAGGCGGCGGAGCGGGUGAGGGCGGAGGUCGGGGACGUGUCCAUGCUGGUGAACAACGCGGGCGUGGUGGCCGGCCGGAGGCUGCUGGACUGUCCGGACGAGAUCCUGGAGAGGACCCUGCUGGUCAACUGCCACGCGCUCUUCUGGAUGACAAAGGCCUUCCUGCCGCAGAUGAAGGCAAAGAACCAUGGUCACAUUGUGACCAUUGCCAGUGCUCUUGGACUCUUCAGCACAGCGUGUGUGGAGGAUUACUGCGCAAGUAAAUUUGGAGCUGUCGGUUUCCACGAGUCACUGACACACGAGUUACUGGCAGACGACCUGGAUGGCAUCAAAACUACUUUAGUCUGCCCGUAUAUUGUAGACACGGGGAUGUUUGCAGGCUGUGAGAUCAGAAAGGAGCUCAGAAGUCUAAUCCCACCUCUGCAGCCCCUCUACACCGUGCAGCAGUCCAUGAAAGCCAUUCUAGCUGAACAGCUAAUGAUCUGCAUUCCUCGCAUCAUGUACAUCCCCUUCCUCACACGAGCGUUGCUACCGUGGGAGGCAAACUUGGCAACAUAUCGCUUCAUGGGAGGUGACAAAUGUAUGUUACCCUUCAUCAAGAACGUUGAAAUGAAGACCUCAAACGGCGUUAUAAAUUCCUCCUAACACUUUUCUGUCUUUAAACAAUGGAGCAAUCCACACACCAAAGGUUCAUACUGUAUAUUCUUAACAUGAAUUAUUUGAAGGGAGACAAUAUCUAUGCGCAUCUGUGUUCUCACCAGGUUGCAUUGUAAAAUAAUUCACAGCAAUAUUUUACAAAGUGAUUUUUACAUAAACAAUGGUUAUAACAUAAACAAUGGUUAUUUCCAGUAACAGUAUACGUAAAUAACCAAGUUGUUCACUUCUACACUAGGGGGCAGUAAAAUUAUAAAGCCAUAUAUAUUUUUAAAAAAACUGUGAAGAGACUGCAACAGUACAAGAUCUAUACAAGUGCCUCUUUUUAUUCACAUUAACAAACAGAACCAAAGACUAGACAAAAACAAAUCUACAGGAAACAUGCCAUGGAAAAAUAUUAAGCAUUGUGUUCAAGCCAGACUACAGUCUCCAGAACCACAGAAAGGAAUUCAAACAUACAAAAAGAAAUCCCUCCCAUAUGAAUCUGAUGUUUAGCAUUCCACAAUACUGUUGAAUUUUACCUCCACUGCUGCUGCUGUUGUUGUUGUUGGAAAAUAGAUUGACAAUUGUAUCAGAGGAUGAUAUCUUGUUCGCCUUUUGUUAAACGGCAAACAAAGGGUCCAAACACAAAACAAAGUAAUUCAGUGAUGUCAA